AUGCUAUCAUUGAUACAUUACACGCUAGGAAUCAUGAGCAGUCUAGGCAACGGCAACAAUCACGGUCACAACAUCAACAGUAACACCGGAAGCAGUCAAAACUCAGCCGCCGAGGGAACGAUGGAGCGUGGAAGCUGCAUCCUGGUGCGUUACGCAAGCCAAAAUUCGCUGGACGAAAGUUCGCAGAAGCAGCUGCCAAGGGCAAAUGGGAAGGAAAAAACCACCGGAGCUUACCGCAACAACAUCCACACGCAGCGCUCGUUCGAGGCCAUGAACAUGAUGCGAGAACAAAACAUGCUCUGUGAUGUGGUGCUGGUAGCCGAGGGUAUCGAAAUUCCUGCCCAUAAAAUGGUGCUCGCCUCCUGCAGCCAGUACUUUUACGCGAUGUUCACUGGGUUCGAGGAGAGUCGCCAGGAUCGUAUCACCCUGCAGGGUGUUGAUCCACGGGCGCUGCAGCUGCUGAUCGAGUACGUCUACCGAGCGGUGGUUGAGGUGACCGAAGAGAACGUCCAGAUACUGCUGACCGCAGCUAACCUGCUGCAGUUGACGGACGUGCGCGAUGCCUGUUGCGACUACCUCCAAACGCAGCUCGAUCCGAGUAAUUGUCUGGGGAUACGCGACUUUGCUGACAUUCACGGGUGCAUCGAUCUGCUAAAUUACGCCGAAACGUACAUCGAGCAGCAUUUCUCGGAGGUGGUACAAUUCGAUGAGUUUCUUAACCUCUCGAGCGAUCAGGUGGCUCAUCUGAUCAAGAGCGAUCGAUUGUCGGUGCCCACGGAGGAAAAGGUGUACGAAUGCGUAAUCACAUGGAUACAGUACGACGUUAACGGCCGGCAGCACCACAUGGCCGACCUGAUGGAGCACGUGCGAUUGCCGCUGCUCUCCCAGGACUACCUAGUGCAGCACGUGGAGAAGGAACAUUUGCUGAAGGGCGAUCUGCAGUGCAAGGAUUACAUCAUCGAGGCGCUCAAGUACCACCUGCUGAAAGGCGAACAAAAAUCGUGCUUUAAAACGCCUCGCACCAUUCCCCGGCAGCCGGUCGGGUUGCCCAAAGUGCUGCUUGUGAUUGGCGGUCAGGCACCGAAAGCGAUCCGCUCCGUCGAGUGUUACGAUUUGCGCGAGGAAAAGUGGUACCAGGUGGCCGAGAUGCCAACCCGACGGUGUCGAGCCGGGUUGGCCGUGCUCGGGGAUAAGGUGUACGCCGUGGGUGGAUUCAAUGGGUCGCUGCGUGUCAAAACCGUCGACGUGUACGAUCCGGUGCUGGAUCAGUGGACGACAAGCUACAACAUGGAGGCGCGUCGAUCGACACUUGGCGUGGCCGUGUUGAACAGCUGCAUUUACGCGGUGGGUGGUUUCGACGGUUCGACCGGAUUGAGCUCGGCGGAAAUGUUCGAUCCAAAGCGGCAAGAGUGGCGCCUGAUCGCGUCUAUGUCCACACGUCGCAGCUCAGUCGGAGUGGGUGUAGUGAAUGGGUUGCUUUACGCGGUCGGUGGAUACGACGGAGCGUCACGGCAGUGUCUGGCCUCGGUUGAGCGUUACAACCCUUCGACGGACAGCUGGACGCAGAUCGCGGAAAUGUCCGCACGACGAAGCGGAGCAGGAGUCGGAGUGUUGGACAACAUCCUGUUCGCUGUCGGUGGCCAUGAUGGACCGCUCGUGCGGAAAUCCGUUGAGGCGUACGAUCCCGCCACGAAUAGCUGGCGGGCGGUUGGUGAUAUGGCGUUCUGUCGGCGUAAUGCAGGUGUUGUGGCGCAUAAUGGCAUGCUGUACGUCGUGGGUGGUGACGAUGGCCUUUCGAAUCUAGCCUCGGUGGAGGUGUACAGCCCGGAAACGGACAGCUGGCGUAUCCUGCCGUCGUCGAUGAGCAUCGGCCGCAGCUAUGCUGGGGUGGCAAUGAUAGAUAAGCCCUUGUGA